AUGCCGCCCAUCCUCCGCCUCCACGUCCUCACCACCCUCCCACACUCCUUGCGCGCGCUAUCCAUCCUCUCCUUCAUACCAGCUUUUGGCCUCCUCCUCGCCUGCGGCAUUGUAUCUGAAAGUGUAAACCCCGCCAUCUCUAUCCUCCCGCUCUUCUUCUCUUCACUCUACUCCGCGGUCCUCCUCGCAAACGAGAAGAAAUGCGGUUGCCACGCUGCCGGUCUCACAGGCACACCGCUGCACAUGAUUGGCGUCCAUGCCUACUUCGUUGUCAAAGAGGUCAUCGGGGCGUUACAGGCUGGGGCGCAUUACCCCAGCGCUUGCCCGCAGUGCCAGCACAUGGCGUUUCCGCAGAUUAGCGUCAAGUUCCGCAGCGAAGGCCAUGAGGGGUAUGACCCGUUAUUGGAUGGGGAGGGCCAACCAGCGGCUGCAGUGAAUGCGGAGGAUGCGAUCUAA